ACUUCUUAAGUAUCCUUAAGAAGUAAGAUGUCUGAAGCUUUUCUAUUAGCUACAUAUUUGACCAAUUCUUGCUGUAUGCAUACCGACGAUUUGUUGUCUAACGACAAGACCAUGUCAACCGAAGCGGAGCUGCGGGCGCUGGAUCGACAGAUCGCUGAUCUGAUGCAGCAGAAGGCGGCGGUGCAGGCCAAGCUGGAGCGUGAGGCUGGCGGCGCACGUGCCAAGCAGAUGAGCGCUGAGGUGGUGGACAGCAACCCUUACAGUCGCCUCAUGGCUCUGAAGCGCAUGGGAAUUGUCAAUAACUACGAGAAGAUCCGCGACUUCUCCGUCCUCAUCGUGGGUCUUGGUGGUAUCGGCUCUGUCGCUGCUGAGAUGCUCACUCGCUGCGGCAUCGGCAAGCUCAUUAUGUACGACUACGACACUGUGGAGAUCGCCAAUAUGAACCGCUUGUUCUUCCGCCCCGAACAGGCCGGAAUGACCAAGACGGCGGCUGCCAAGCAGACGCUGCACAGUAUUAAUCCGGACGUGAUCUUCGAGGAAUACACCAUGGAUAUAACUACGACCGCCAACUUCGAGCAGCUUCUAGACCGUAUCCAGCACGGCGGAGUGGACGGCAAGAGCAAAAUCGAUCUGGUUCUCAGUUGUGUGGACAAUUAUGCGGCGCGUACGGCUCUAAACCAGGCAUGUAACGAGCUGAACCAGGAGUGGAUGGAGUCGGGCGUGUCGGAGGACGCUGUAUCAGGUCACAUCCAGUUUUUGUUGCCUGGACGCACAGCCUGCUUUGAGUGUCUCCCGCCACUUAUCGUGGCCAGUGGCAUUGACGAGUCCACGCUCAAGCGCGAGGGCGUGUGUGCGGCUUCUCUACCGACCACUAUGGGUCUGGUGGCUGCUAUGCUAGUGCAGAAUGUACUGAAGUACUUGUUGGGCUUCGGUCAGGUGUCGUACUACUUAGGCUACAGCGCCAUGAAGGAUUUCUUCCCGUCGGACGUCAUGCGUCCGAACCCGGAGUGUUCUAACGCUCAAUGUCGGAAGCAACAGGCCGUGACUGAACACAAGAAUUGGACGCCCAUGGUCUGGAAGGCUCUGGGCCAUGACGGCCAGGAGAAUCUGGUUGUGGAGCAUGAAGACAAUGAGUGGGGCAUCGAGCUUGGCGGAGACGAUGCAGCUGAAGCUCCUGCUGCUGAGACGGCGAAGCUGGCGUCGGGGAUCUCGUUUGCGUACGAUCAGGCUACAUCAACUCCGGUUGCUGCUGAGGACCAGUCAGCUUCUGUAGCGGACGUGAAUGUGAGUCUGGAGGACCUCAUGGGACAGCUGAAGUCGCUUUAGACGGAUUCAGCAACCCUGUAGCCUUUGAAAGCGUCGUAGAGAAUAAUGGAGAGUUGUGCGCUGUGGAGUGUGCUUUGGAUUGGGUAUUUUAUACUAGUUUAUUGAGCGUCUAAUACAUCCCUAAAGGCAUGAAGCAGUGCAAUGCUCGACGUCUCGAUAUCAUCGUUCCAAAACCCGUCCUGCAGUCUCCGAUCGAGAGCAUGUGCUACUUUGACGACGUUAGCGAGAGUUUUUGUAGACUCUGGGGACGUCUCCAGUACAACUCGCAUGGCAUCCAAGGCUGAAAUGGCCACAGCCACAUCUGUACCAGUCUCCAACUCUCGUAAGAAAUCUGUGAACGUAAGUCCAAGCUCCGCGAUCUCUUGUGCAAGUAUCCCGUUGUUUGGAUUCUGGCUCUGGUGCUCACUUGACAUGUACAGCUCUCGGAUCUUUACUGGUAAAAAACUGUAGUUGAUACUCUUACAGGUACUCACAGGAUUGUCAGUCUCAAUAAGGUUUUCAACCGAGGACAUCGAAAAGGCAUAGAAGAAUCCAAGUUAGACUUGAUAUAAGUACAAAGAUUGAGUAGUAGUAAUUGUCACUUACAUGUUUUGAGAGACC